AUGAAUAUCUCAUUUAAUGAUUUGAAAUUUGUGUAACAAAUAGGCUAGACCCUUAAUCUUGAAGAAAGAAUGAGAUUACAAUUAGCAAUACUCAAAAUCCAAGAACAUUAUGUUUUUGACGAAGUCCUAUUUUGGGGUAGAGUUGAAGGAGUAGAAAAAGAUUAUUACAUAGCCCUUGGAAUUCAAUACAAAGGACAGUAUGAAUUCCCAUUGAAGAAAUUCUUUUGGAGUUCCAAUAAUUAUCAUUUUGCUGAAUUACCAAAAUACAAUGAAGAAUUCGCCUAAAGGGCUGAAACUCUAAGAGAGCCCUUUACAGGAUAGCACGAACACAUAGUAUUUAGAACAGAUGAAGAAAUUAAUUUUGAAGACUCACUAGAAAUUCCUGCGUAACUGCCAGCUAAAAAUUUCUCAGAAUUGGAGAGAUUAUCCUAUGUAGUUUAAUCUAUUGAAUUUCAAUGUGCCUCAAUUCCGGUUGGCUCUUAUAGAUUAACCCCAACUCACGAAUUGAUCAAGACAGCCUUUAAGGGUGUCACUGCAGAAUUGAAAAACUAUUAACAUUUCAGACAACCCAUCAGAAAGGAUAAGCAAGAUCUUAUAGCUCGAGAUGAAGCCUUAUACAGACCUGACUUCCUGGAUUCUUUAGUUGACGAUACUCCAUAUAAUUAAUGGUCAGUCUAAACAGACUCCACCAAAAGAAAUAUUACAAUUAGAAAUUUAAUAUGGCCAGGAUAUUUAGGCUAUAAUAAUGAUUAUACAUUUGGAUAUGCAUAUUUUGGAGAUGGAAUUAAAAAUUCAGAUUUUGAAUUCUUAUUAUGAUUUCCAACAGAUAUUAUAUUUUGUUAUUUG